CCAAAUUGUUACCGAAUUGUGAGUUGAGUAAAUAAGGUCGAAACAGUAAGCAUUCGGCCUUUGUUUACUUUAUGAAUAUAUUACAACUUACACUGUAGGGAUGUGUGAAGGAGUGAUAUCAAUCACACAUGUAGGUCUCGUUUGAAAGAUGUUUUUGGCAGCAUUGACGUCGCACUUCCAAACUGUAUUACAGUUUUAUACUGCAAUACAGCAUGUACUCUUCGCUUUGACGUCGCUGUCUUUACAUUCUCCAAAAGUCGAAUGCUUGCAUUUAUUACAGCUAGCCAUAUAUUCAUUGAUAAAGCAAAUUUCCACCUUUUCAUCUUUACCAUCCAUAGGUACUUUUGCCUUCUUGAACGGACACAGAUUGCUUGUAGGCCAUGCAUGUGUGGCUUGCUUACAGGAUGGACACGUAACCAUUUUCGUUGUUUUAUUAUCAGCUUUGAAUUCUUGGAGAGCUUCUUUUUUUACAGCUUUUUUGACAACACUGGCUUGGACAAAGAAGCACUCAAAGAAUCAUU